AUGGUUGGACAAGGCUCCAGCAAGAACACUGGAAACUCUGGCGGGAAAAAGCCAUACAACCCGCCUCAACGCGUCAAGCUCACAAGAGAGCUGGAGGAGUUGGCGAAGAGGUAUGGAGGCAUGGAUCUUGUAAGUUUGCAAGCUCAAGCCAUGGCCCCCAAAUCUCCAAAACCCACUGGUGGCGGUGAUGUCUCUGGCUCCGGUCAUGAUGACAGCUCUGCUGGUGGUGCUGGUGUUGUGCCUGGUUCCAGCCAGGCUAGCAACACUGGCAAUGAGACGGGUCCUAACCCCAAGCCUCCCGGUCCGGGUACUGGCAGUUUUGCCGAUGCCUUACGCCGUGGUGGCAAGGGCCAGACCUCGUCUGGCGGUGCUGAUAUUGCGCCUGGCUCCAACCAGGCUAGCAAUACUAGCAAUACCCGUCAAACGGGUUCCAACCCCAAGCCGUCUGGUUCAGGCAUCGGCAGUUUUGCCCCUGCCUCACGCCAUGGUGGUAUGGAUAAGAACUCGUCCGGUAAGGGCAAGUCCUCUGGCGGCAUCUCCAAGAGCAAACACUCAAAGGGAAACGGCCAGCAGUACCGACCUGCACCCGCACCCGCACCCGCACCCGCACCCGCAUUCGCACCCCCACGGCAGCCGCUGACUUGGGUCAAAGAAACUUACGAAGAAGCAUUCUUUGACGAAAAGCACAGCCGUGUUGCCAAGCGUCUUGUCAACGGGUCCCUCCACGGUGGCCAUCAGAACCGGAUAGCUAGCACUUGGCACGACUCUGUCCGGGGCAAUGUCACCAGCGCGGAGGAUAUGGCUGAGAUUUUCAGCGAAGGUGCCAAGACGUGGUUCCGUGACGCAAAGUCAUUUUACGUGACGAUCACGCCUAAUGACGAUGACCAUUUCAAAUGGGUCAAGGCGAACGCUACGCACAGUAUGACCACGCUUGACAGUGGCCGUACUCGUGAAGGCAAAGCCGCUAUCGUUCCCAAGAUUAUAACUCGGGAGCCUGUGGCCUCUGGAGACCAGUGCCCCAUUUGUGGCAAGUCGUCUCACAAUUUUACUCUGUGCCUUAUGGCCCCUAAGGGACACAUCGUUGGAUGCCUUGUCUGUCGAUCUCGAGAUCACAGGCUCGAUGAUUGUCAGGCAUUCAACGAUAAGACCCUGGCUGAAAAGGUCGAUCUCGUUGUGACCCGGCGAGGCAACAUGCCGCCCAUCCAGAGCAGCAAGCCCUGGCACAUGUGGCUGCAUGAGUAUUGCAACUCUCCUGGGUUCACUAAAUCCAAGGAGAUCACUGCAUUCCCGUGGUCGAAGGCUUUUGCCAUGAAGUUCCUCAAGGAUCAGAAUGGCAAGAAGCUCGCCACGGUGCAGAAAAGCUUCGAUGUCCAUACCACCCAGUGUGAUAUGUUACCGGUAGAUCCCCUUACGCGCUCGUACAAGGCGAUCUACAACACAUACUGGAGGAUGGCUAACCUACCUUGGCCUGAAGCCAUCGGCGACCUGGCUGCUCAGGAUACAGAGAUUCCUGACGCCCAGGAUGACGAUGAAGACAGUGAUCCCGAGUGGGUAGCUAGUCCUCCUGCUAGCCCCCGCCCCCAUGGCCAAGAGGUUGAUCCAAUGGACGUUGAGGAGGAGGAAUUUGAGGAGGGCGUUGAGGAGGAAAAUGCCGAGGACAACGUCCUUUACUAA